AUGACUCCCGAGCAAGCCGAUAUCAUUCCACCUUAUUUCACAUUUCCUGGGGCUCCUGGCGAAGUUGUCGACUACGAUCCUUCUACCUUGGAACAGCCGGAUGAAGAGCCCGUACCUGAUGCGGAGCCCGGAACGGUGCUCGAAAUCAAACAUCUGCACGAGGUGUUCGAUCAGAUGAAGCAUGACUACGUGAUCAAGGCUGCGCCUCCUCAGGAGUCUUCUGGUGAAGGCAAGCAUGGCGAUGUAAAAUAUGCUGUAUAUGCUUUCACAGUCAUCAAGAAGUUCAUACCCAACGGCAAUCAGUCAGUUAAGACAUUUAACGUGCAAACGUUCUUAGAGAUCCAAAGUGAACCACUCAUAAGUAUCGGGAAAGAAAUUUUGGGGGAAGUCCAAGGCGUCUCGUGGACUGCAAAGCCUCUGCGUGUAAACCCACAGACGCUUCUUGCUCAGCUCGGUCUCCUCAAGGCGCACUCAGCGAAACUGACAUCGGAGGUUCAGUCCGCGCAGGAAGACUCCAUCAUUCACUUGCACAAGGCCCACCUCGAUCACCUCUUGAAGUACCUCACCACGAGCUACGCGACGACGCUAGGCACGCUUGAUUCGUUGAUCGCGCACAAGGAAAUCACUUUUGAUCUGCUCUGGGCAUUAUUUGUGCCUAAUAAGACCACGUUGUAUAUCCUAUGUCCUAUCACACGCGAACCUCGCGCAGUGCGCCUCGUGCACGCGGAGAUGUGCCAGAAGAUAGACCAAGAAGGUGUUGUCCCUACCGGUCUCGAGUUCUUUGGGCUUGUCGGUGGCGGAAAGCAGAACUCGGACCAGCGCGUGCAAUAUCUCUGGCGGCUUAUAGUCGACUACGUUGAAGCUGAUGUCCCAGAACCAGGGGAGAAAAAUGGUACGAAGACCGGUUUUGGAUACGCUAGCCUAGGUGUCAUGUUGGAUGUCCCCAAUUUUACUGGAACGAAAAAAAUCUCAAUGCUUCCGGCGUAUCCAAUAGAGUAUUAUGCUGGACCUGGAGGUGUAGAAGGGUUGAAAGGUCGUCUUGUUUCCCGUGGGGAGAAGUGGGUUGAACUUGCUGGGAGCGUCCAUCACUUGGCAUACAAAGGGAUGGCGUGGCAAUGGAGCAACAACAACAAGCAGUACAUACAGUGCAGCGUUAAUUCGCGCGUGGUCGUUGAUCGAAAGACAUUCAUCGAUGCUGCGCCGAAUUAUGGGAGACUCCCUCAUGUAACCAAAACUUUAGAAGGCGAGGUUAUCGAUAGACAUGCACUGCGCAUCAAUGCUGCAAAUAGCAAGGAUACACAACGCGAGCUCACAAGCGAUGAACUGAUGUUGACUUCGCCUAUCGUUUAUGGAUUUAGUCUGCAAGACAAACACUGGCUUGAAUUUGCCGUUGAACUUAUCAAGCCAUUUGAAUGGAACGACGAGGCAUUUCAGCAACUUGUUAUCCCAACCCAGCACAAGACGGUUUUGAAAAUCUUACUCGAAUCCUAUAACUCGCAUGCAACAGCAAAUUUUGAUGAUUUCAUCUCCGGAAAGGGUCUUGGACUUGUUAUCAAUUUGUUCGGUAAUCCGGGAACAGGAAAGAGUCUCACAGCAGAGGCUAUGAGUGAACAUCUUCGAAAGCCGCUUUACGUCGUGGGAGCAGCAGAACUGGGAACCAGCGCAGAAGCUCUAGAUUCCAAGCUGUCUUCUGUAUUAAAGGUAGCAGCCUCUUGGGGCGCUGUCGUUCUCAUAGACGAGGCAGACGUUUUCCUUGAGGAACGUUCCCUUCACCUUAUUGAACGUAAUGCCAUGGUUGCUGUGUUCUUGCGACAGCUUGAAUAUUUCCGCGGCAUUCUCUUCCUGACCACGAACCGAGUACGGGUAUUCGAUGAAGCGUUCCAAUCACGCAUCCACGUGUCGCUACGGUACCAUGAUCUUAAUUCGGAUGCACGUCGACAGAUUUGGAUCGCUUUCUUGCGCAAGGUGAACGGCGACUUGAAGGACGGAGGGUUGUCUAAGGAAGACUUGCGCGAUCUCGGCGAGAAAAAGAUUAACGGGCGCCAAAUCAAGAAUGUCGUGAAGACCGCCGCGGCUCUAGCUGCUGGUCAGCAAGAAACACUUGGGUAUAAGCAUCUGAUGCAGGUCCUAGAGCUUAUGGAAGAGUUCGACGCAAGGUCCGCUUGUUAUGCAUUGUCUUUCCGCCGCACAUAUAUGCUAACAUACCUCCCAUCCGCUACAGCAACUUAA